CGCGAGGCAGCUGGCGUCGCGGCUGCAUUCUGAAUGGUCCUGCGCCGGACGCGAAGGUGUCCAUGGGCUGUCCGUCUGACCGGCUAGCACCGCAACAAAGGAGCCAGGAUGGUGUUAGUUCAUGUCGGAUAUCUGGUUCUUCCCGUGUUUGGUUCAGUGAGGAGCAGAGGCGCACAUUUCAGCAGGCACCAGCAUAGCCAUGCUACCUCCUGCCGCCAUUUCCACCUGGCUGCCACGGCAACACCCCUGCCUGCAGAGUUCCCCCCCACACCCCUGGCCCCGCCACAAUACCAGGAAGUUCCACCCGCUUUCCUACCUCAGGCCUUACAGCAGCAAUACCUCAUACAGCAGCAGCUACUGCAGCGCAGACGCACACAAGAGCGUGUGCCCCUCAACACGCACCGAUUACGCCCAGGUUAUGACUAUUCCCCGCCCCUCCAUGUCCCACAGCCAAUCACACAACAGCCCAGAUACCUGGCAGAGGGCACAGACUGGGAUCUGAGCGUGGACGCAGGUUUGUCUCACCAGUACUCCUUGCAGCCAAUUCCACAGCCCUACCAGCAUUACCUGGUCUCUCCCAGAAUGCACCACUUCCCCCGGAACACCACCUCUACACAGGUGGUUGUUCAUGAGGUGAGGAACUAUCCAUAUCCUCAACUACACUUGCUGGCACUGCAGAGUUUGGGCCCCAGCCGACAUGCCUCCGCUGUGCGUGAGAGCUACGAGGAGCUGCUCCAGUUAGAAGAUCGGUUAGGCAGUGUUAACCGUGGUGCUGUUCAGUCCACCAUUGAGAGAUUCACCUUUCCUCACAAGUACAAAAAGCGGAAGCCCCUGGACAUGAAGCUGCACGAGGAUGAGGAGGAGUCUGACGUAGAUGAGAAGUGCACCAUCUGUCUCUCCAUGCUGGAGGAUGGGGAGGAUGUCAGGCGAUUACCCUGUAUGCACCUGUUCCACCAGGUGUGUGUAGACCAGUGGUUGGCCACAAGCAGAAAGUGUCCAAUCUGCAGAGUGGACAUCCAGACACAGCUUACGCCUGACAGCUGAAACACAUACACACACGCACACACGCGCACACACGCGCGCACACACGCGCGCACACACACGCGCACACACACGCACACACACACGCACACACACAGACACACGCACAUCACACCUGAGAACUGAAUUACAUACAGCACACAUCUCAGCUCAUGCCUAGCAGCUGAAACACACACACACACACGUCACACCUAAGAACUGAAUUACAUCCAGCACACAUCUCAAUGCCAAUGGUUUAAACACAUGCUACUCAUGCUAAACACAACACACUCUAAGAGCUGACACAUAUGUCCUAGAUACUCAUUCUGUCAAAGUAUAAAAACACACACACACAGACACACUCUCAAGUGUAUAUUACUGGUCUACACCUUCAAUGGGUAUACAUAUACAUACAGUCUCGCUAAACCCUGACAGACUUACAUGGGUAGAAACACACAAAUGGUAAUGUCAGUGAGCCAUUCUACACAUACACAUAACUGAGCCAAUCUCACUCACACACACACACACACACACACACACACUAUAGUAACGUAUCGAAGGGUUAUUUAUUGAGUAAUGUGAGGAAGAUAUUUACUGGUCUGUGUUGUGUGAGUGUGUGUGUAUUCAUUGCAGCUGUGUGUGUGUUUGUGUAAUAAUGAAGCCAUGGCCCUAAUGAAAGAUGUUACAAAAACUCUUGUUAGGGUCUACAAGUCUGUGUUUGUAGACCACACACACACACACACACACAGACUGAACAAGCUUGAGUGCAUCACAAUCUGGCUGCUUGCGAGCAUGUGUACGUUUGUUUCAUACUGCAGCUAUUUCAGUUGUGUGUGUGUGUGUGUGUGUGUGUUUGUGUGCGGGUGUGUGUGUUUACAUAUCAAGGAUCGUAAAAGGUAGUUAGCUGUGCACUAACAUUACUGUAGAAAAGCCAAAAGAAUUAUAUACACAUGCACACACACAAAAACAACAAGCAAAAAAAAUUUAUUUAAAAAAAUCAGACACAAAAGCAACUCCUAUCAUUCAUUGUAAAGACAGCAGAGAGGGCAGUUGGCAUGGAAACGUCUCUGCUCCAGGAAGUUAGUAGGAGAAGGUCAUUUCUGAUUGGUGGAAAAAUAUAAAUUGAGGAAGUGGACAUAGUACUCUGACAUAGUAGCAGCAUGCCUCUGUGUUUGGGCUGUUCUUUAAGUGUGUGUGUGUGUGUGUGUGUUUGCACGGGUGCGGCGUGUGUGCGUGCGUGUGUGUCUGUCUGCAUGAAUGUAAAUUAGCUCCUUUAAGCUGUGAUGAUCUGUAACACUACCAGACUGAUGUAGCGUGUGUGUGUGUGUGUGUGUGUGUGUGUGUGUGUGUGUGUAUGUGUAUGAAACCCUGCCAUGACCUUUGACCCUAAAUGCCUACUGAAGAAGCACAUGUGAGCGUAGCUAAAGCGCCCAGCCUCUCUCUGGUGCUUUGUUGCCAUGGUUAAAAGUAUUUAUUAUUGGUAUUUAAACAUGCAGUGUUUGGAGGGGGCGGAGCUCGUGUGUAAAACUGUGUUUUUGUGUGUGACAGGUCUCCCCUCGUGGUUGCUAUGCUGGUUGCUAUGUUGGUUGCUAUGCUGUAUUGCUAGAACAACUAUUUAGAAUGUUGUGUGAUGGAGGAGCAUCCACCAAUUGCACGCAAGCAGGGGCGGAGCCAGGACUGGAGGUUAGCUUUUAGCAGGUUAGCCUUUUGUAUCAUUUGCUUUGUAAACCAUGUCGAACUUUGCUGGAUGUGUGAAGGCACAAAGCAAAUUGUACGGAGGAGCUCUUUCAGCUCUGUGCCACAAACACUUUCCUGCCAUGCUUUUUAUAAAGGGAGCUCUGUUUGAUUGGUCCUAGUCAGGGUUAAUACAUUCUCCAUGACUCAUGACACUUUUUUUUGCUGUGAAAUGCUUCGACCAACAGAGUAGGGCUGGUAUAAGCGCAAAGGAUAUUCCAUCGUAUUUUUUAAUGCCACCCCUAUCACUAACUUAUUUUAACACUAAAGCCUUUCACCUUUACGCAAACGCUACCCAAAUCACGUGGGUUAUCUUCAGCCAAUGGCGUGUGGUUUUGCUGCAGACUUUCCGCUCCAGCCUGAGCGUCUUGCGUGCUGAUUGGUGGAUGUUGGCUCGCGUUAAUAGUUUACACAGGGUUUUGUCCGUUGAAAUGCCUUAAGUAUUUAACAAUCAUAAUUUAUUACUAACUGUAGAUAUUGUGGGUACGUAUUUAAUUUUGUAUAGUUUUUUUGCAAUCGGAUCAUAUUUUAUUUAUUUAGAAAUAACACAAAACUGGAGUAAGACUCUUACCUCACGUUUGCGUUGGUUUGGGGAAUGCUUCGCAUGCGGGUGCUCGUGUUCGUGCGUGUUUCCUCCUUGGUGCUGUGACCUCACAGACAUUCCGCUUGCUGAUUGGCCGGACACGGCAGCGGAGUGGGAGUGCCCUGGGUUUUGAUUCGCCGUCCUGUUUGCACUCUUAGUUACUCAAGGCCACCCUCUCACUGGCAUAUUUUAUACCACUCUGGCAACCUCCAUCACACUUUCUUUCACUUCCCUCCUUCCUCAUUCCCUUGUAUUCUAUCUUUGUUCUACCUCUCGUGCUCUUCUUUUCUCUCUUACCGAGUCCUCACCUAUUUCCUUGUCUCUCUCUCUCUCUCUCUCUCUCUCUCUCUCUCUCUCUCUCUCUCUCUCUCUCUCUCAAUUCCUCCUUUUAUGUGUCAAUCGAGCAACCUUCUUCUCAAGGGCAUUCUA